UUUAGAUUGUCAAUUUGUUUGACAUUUCAGUGUGAAGUAAGUAAUACAAAGCGUUAGGUCAAGUGUUUACUCGACUCUGAUUGGGUAAGGAAGUGCCUCAAAACUUCCCUCGUGAAUUUACUUCGAAUAAUAACGACGCAGCAAAAAUGUUACAUAAAGUUUGGUUUUAUUUUUUUAAACACGUCUCGUAAAUUUCGUGCUUUCGCUAUAUAUACACUCCCCUAAUUAAUGGGCUGUUUCGUCUAGUUGUCUCGGUCGCAUACCAUGGUCAAGCCAGCCGCAGUAGACAUUUGUGGUGCACCGAUAUCUGGGGUUUUACGGUAAUCACAAUGUAACCUGGGACUGAGGAAGGGGUUUUAGUUAAAAUGGAAGACACACUUUCUUAUUUAUUACAGCAUGCAGGACCUUUUCCUAGAAUAGAAGGUCUGCGUUAAAAGUUUGUUCAAGGAGUAAAAUUUAUGCAAAUAUAAUAUUCAUAAUAAUGACCAUCAGUUCUAUAAUUUACAGUAAAUACAGGAUGUCCCAAACGUCUCCAUGCAUAGGGGAAAUUAACACUUUUUUUUUAAAGCAAUAAAAGAGUCUUACAAUUUUUUUUCAUAAGUUCAAUCUCAUGGCUGCAUCUCUAUUAGGGUGGUCCCCAACAUUUUUUUUAGGAUUUUGUUACGACCACCUUACCUUUUUUUUUUUUUACAUUGCCUAAAAGAAGUUAUUGUGCGAAAUUUGGUUAAGAUUGAACAAUGUUUAGAGGUGCCACAAAGCCAUUAAAGUUUUCACUCAAGACACGAUAUAAAAUAAUGUGGCUUAUUAACUGUUUCAUAUUAAUACAAACAAUACAGUAAUAUAACUUCCUGUGUUCAAAGUAACAAUGGAGCACUUGCAUGUGACGUCACAGCCGAUCCAGAUUGUGACAGACGCCAUCUUGUCGGUCAAACGCCAUAUUCCGCCUUCUACUUCUACCUUUUCUUCUGGAAAACCCUAUAUACAAUUCUACUACAACGGCUGCGGCUACAAGCUCUCCCUACCUGUGCACGUUUUUUAUGUUUUUUGUGUGUAUUUUUGCGUGUUGUUCGCCUGUACCGGACUUCAAUAUCCACUACAACCGUAUGGACUUACUGGACAUUGGUUUCCAGCAGAAAAUGACGGUUUGUAGCGAUUUACAUCGCAUGCACAACAUUCCGGACGAGAGAAAAAAAACAUUCCGGACGAGAUAGCGAGACCAGCAGGGUCUCCGUGGAUUGUUAUCGGAAGCAAAGCGAAGGAGGCGGCGCCGGGAGCAGAAGCAAAAGCGAGGCUGCAGAGCGGCCUGUUGACUAAGCUCAGAAAACAGCCACUCAAACCUCCACUGCUAAGCCUCUACCUCUCCAACGCCAGAUCCAUGUAAACAAGACGGACGAUUUGGAAUUACCUUAUUCUAUUCUAUAAUCGGCUAGUCAGUGCAUCUAGUAUCAGUACUAGUAAUACUUAAGUGACUUACCCAUCCAAUGAGGAUUCUUGUUUACAAGAUGCCACAUCUGAGUCGCUGACAAAUCCUGAAUUUCUGUAAAGAUAACUGUCCAGAGAUUUAUAAGCAUGCAGUGCUUCACCACUGAACAGCGAGGGAAAGUUAAUGAGGUAAUUAUACACGUCUGGGUAUUCCGCUGGCAGUUCAAAAUCCGGUCAUGAAAACUCCGUCCGGUAAGCCAUAAGGGUCACUAAUCUGUAAAUCGUUUAUUUUAGACAUAUAUCUAGUUAUCUGUUCAUUAGAAAAAUGAGCCGUGUAGUCCGUCGGUUGAAAUUGAUCCAUUCUGUACACGAGUGCAGCAGUAUUCAGCGGUGUUUUUGACCGACAAGAUGGCGGUUGUGUACUUUCCGGUCACGUGACUGCAAGAUCUCUAUAGACCCCUUGCACUGAUGUCACCCGAAACCAGAAGUAAACAAACCCUGCGCCAUAUUGGAAGACCAACAAACUCGUGAUUAGGGGGAAAUAACAGCAGCGCGUAGUAUGUGAACCCACAAGGCACUUGAUUCAUCAGAAACCUACAAUGGUAAACUUUUGUGCUGUGUUAGGGUGUUCUAACAAAGCUGAUGGGAAAGGUGAAAAGAAGUCUUUCUUCAGAAUACCAGCUGUGAUUGAGACACAAGGGGAGCAAACCAAGGAGCUUUCUGCCAGGAGACAGAGAGAGUAUCUAGCUGCUUUAUGCAGAGCGGAUCUGAAUACUUCAAAUCUACAACAGUACAGAAUAUGUUCAGACCAUUUUGUUACUGGAAAAAGUAUCAAUCCCAUUUGGAUCUAAAGAGCUGGAAGGUGCUCUCACAGUUCCUGAAACCGAGUGUGUACAAACAGCUCUCAUCCUUACACAUGGGGCAGGGGGAGAUAUGAACCUGAAACCAUUAAUGUCAUUGGCACAAGCUGCUGGCACUUCUGGUUUGCUUUGCCUUCGAUUUACAUGCAAAAGCCUGAAUCUAGCACACAGAGUGAGGGCCUAUGAAGCAGCUGUGGUGUACUUGAAAACCCUUGAUAGAUUUACACUGAGUAAUGUUUUCCUUGGGGGACGUUCGAUGGGAGCUCGAGCUGCUGUGGCUCUGGGCAGGCAUUUGUGUGUCAAGAAAGAGGUUCGUGUCCAAGGUCUGUUGUGUGUGUCUUUCCCCCUACAUCCUCCUGGCCAAACACAUGCUCAUGUUAAACGUAGUGAGGACCUGAGAGCACUGUCCCAUGUUCCUGUGCUUUUUGUAUCCGGGACUGCAGACAUGAUGUGUCAACAAAAACUUCUGGAAAGUGUUGUGGACCAAAUGGAGAGCCCAAGCUCUGUGCAUUGGGUGGAGGGAGCCAAUCAUGGACUGGCAGUGAAGGGGAGAACUGAGGAGUCUGUGCUAGAUGAGGUCAAUUCACAGAUCAUCACAUGGAUAUUAAAACAUGUUUGAAGAUGCAUGCCGUACUGACAGAACCUGUCCCAUAUCAGACUGUCUGCAACCCCAGUAUUGGAGGUGUUGUAACUUUUAUGUGAAAAGAAAAUAACACUAUUUUUGUAAAUAAAAUCAUUAAAUUGU